CGGACACCGAUGAGCACCAUAGCCACGGCGAUUUCCGCAACCGCGGCGUCCAGCCACGGCGGUGGCCGGCGACACCGCCGUGGCUCCGUCGCCGUGCGCUGCUCGUCCGCGGCCGACGAGCGGCAGGCCCUCUUCAGCCGCAUCGCCCCCGUAUACGACCAACUCAACGACGUGCUCAGCCUGGGGCAGCACCGGACGUGGAAGCGCAUCUGCGUCUCUUGGUCCAUGGCGAAGAGAGGGGACCGGGUUCUUGAUCUCUGCUGCGGGAGCGGGGAUUUGGCGUUCCUGCUGUCGCAGAAGGUCGGCGUAGAUGGAGAGGUAAUGGCUGUCGAUUUCUCAAGGCAACAGCUAGAAACUGCUGCUAGCCGUCAGGACCAACGCUGGAAGAGUUGCUACAAGAACAUCAAAUGGAUCGAGGGCGAUGCACUCGAUCUACCUUUCCCAGACCGCUACUUUGAUGCUGUUACAGUUGGUUAUGGACUGCGCAAUGUAGUUGACAAACCCAAAGCAAUGAGAGAGAUUUGUAGGGUCCUGCAACCAGGAUCAAGAGCAUCUAUACUGGAUUUUAACAAGAGCUCGUCAUUUUUCACGGCAUCGUUGCAGAGUUGGGCAAUUGAUAAUGUCGUGGUUCCUCUAGCUAGCAGCUAUGGACUCACGGAAGAGUACAAGUACUUGAAAAGUUCCAUAUCAGAGUAUCUUGCAGGAGAGGAGUUGGAGAAGUUAGCCAAAGAAGCUGGGUUCUCUUCUGCCAAGCACUAUGAACUUGGUGGAGGGCUGAUGGGGGACCUUGUUGCAACUCGUUGACUAGAAUUAUAGAGAUGAAAUGUUAUCUUUAUGAUUUGUCUGCAACUGUAAGUUCAUUUCCUUUUCAUCUACUUUGUUUGAAUAUUCAGUUUUGCCUAUGGAAUCAUGCUUCAAACUUCCCAAAUGUAUAUGUUCUUGUUUCAAAGUAUUAUUACUUAUAAUUUGUGUGACCAUAAUUACAAAUGAAAGCCUAACUAUAUGGAUAUAAAGAAAGCGCUUACGGGAGGCAAACCCGGUCGACUAGCACGCGGUCACCAACACUAUGGGGUAGUCACUUUCGGACUGCUCCAACAUCAUGCAAAAAUGAGAAAGGCACUAACAGUGAAUUUUUAAAAAAUGAUAAUAUGAAUAUUUUGAAUUUAUUUCCUCUACAUUUGCCCGAUUUGCAGUUUCGUGUGGGUGUUCUUUUUCAUAGGGUUGUUCCUUUUUCAGUAGUGUCGCUGGUGUUGGCUUGGCCUAGCUAAAGGUGGAAGGUUGGCAGUGCUGCCAUUUUCUCUGUUUUGGUGUUGUUUUCACUAACCUGUGUGGGUGUGCACCUCUUGUAAAACUGGUGGUUCCCAGCAUGUAUCCCAGACUCAAAAUACUUGCUCUAUUAAAAUCAGGGUUCUCGUAU